AUGGCUGCGGCGGCGCUGCGGGACCCACCUCAGGGUGGUGUGGCCUUUCCAGAUGUUGCUGUGUGCUUCUCCCAGAGGGAAUGGAGGCUCCUUGAUGAGACUCAGAGACGCCUGUAUCUGGAUGUGAUGCUGGAGAACUACACACUUAUAUCCUCACUGGGUUGCUGCUGUGGAGCAGAAGGUGAGGAGACACCCUGUGAAAAAACUGUUCCUGUAGGAGUCUCAUGGACUGUAUCUCCCACAGCAGCUCCAUUUUCUCAGAAGACCCAUCCCUGUGAGAAGUGUAGUUCAGUCUUGAGAUAUGUUUUCCAGUUGGUGGAGCAGCAGGAAACACAAUACAGCCAAAAACUGUUGAGGUGUGGGGCGUGUGCAAAAAAAUUUUAUAUGCCUUUGAGAAGCUGUGUACAUGAGGCUUUAUCUUUUAAGAGCCCCAGAUUCCAUGUGUCAGGGAAGCCUCUUACUUCUGGGAAAAUCCUGGCCAGCAUGGGACAUCUGCAGGCCACUUAUACUGUCGAGAAGCUGAAUACAGCCACCCAGUGCAGAUCAACUUCACCAAGUAGAAGUCAUUAUACCUCAGGAGAUUGUGAGAAAGCCUUCAGCCCUGAACACACACUUGUUCAGGACUGGCGUGUCUACACUGAAAGGCCAUGUUUUGUGUGCAGGGAAUGCGGGAAAACAUUCAGAUCUGCCCUCAUUUAUCAUCAGAGAUCUCACACAGGAGAAAGGCCUUUUAAGUGUAGUGAAUGUGGGAAAUCCUUUACCACUAACUGCAUCCUCCGAUCUCAUCAGAGAUCUCACACUGGAGAAAAGCCUUAUAAAUGCUAUGAAUGUGAGAAAUCUUUUACCUCUGCCAGUGCUCUCCAAUAUCAUCAGAGAUCUCACACUGGAGAAAGGCCUUAUAAUGAAUGUGAGAAAUCUUUUACCUCUUCCAGUGUUCUACAAUAUCAUCAGAGAUCUCACACUGGAGAAAGGCCUUAUAAAUGCAGUGAAUGUGGAAAAUGCUUCACCUCUAACGUCAACCUCCGUAAUCAUCAGAGAUCUCACACAGGAGAAAAGCCUUAUAAAUGCUAUGAAUGUGGGAAAUGUUUUACCUCUACCAACGCUUUGCAAUAUCAUUGGAGAUCUCACACAGGAGAAAAGCCUUAUAAAUGCUAUGAAUGUGGGAAAUCUUUUACUUCUACCAGCGCUCUCCAAUAUCAUCAGAGAUCUCACACUGGAGAAAGGCCUUACAAAUGCAGUGAAUGUGGGAAAUCUUUUAUGUCUAGAUCCUCAUUCAUUUGUCAUAAUAGAUCUCACACAGGAGAAAGACCUUAUGAUUGCAAUGAAUGCAAGAAAUCAUUUACUACUGUCAGUUCUCUCCGUAAUCAUCAGAGAGUUCAUUCUGGAGAAAGACCUCAUGAGUGCAGUGAAUGUGGAAAAUCUUUCAUGUCUAGGUCAGCCCUUAAGCGUCAUCAGAAAUCACAUACAGGGGAAAGGCCUUUUGAGUGUAGUGAAUGUGGGAAAUCCUUUAUCAUUAGGAGUACCUUAAUUAAACACCAGAGAGUUCACACAGGGAAAAAAAAGCCUUACAAAUGCAUUGAAUGUGGAAAAUCUUUUAUUACUAAUUACCUCCUCCGUGUUCAUCAGAGAGCCCACACUGGAGAAAAGCCUUUUGAGUGCAAAAAGCCUUAUGAGUGCUGUGAAUGUGGGAGAUCCUUUAGCAGCAAAUCUGGCCUCCGUUAUCAUCAGAGUGCUCACACUGGAGAAAGGCCUUAUGCGUGUGGUGAUUGUGGGAAAGCCUUUGUCCAGAGAAAUCAUCUCAUUAUACACCAGAGAGCUCACACUGGAGAAAGGCCUUAUAAGUGCACUGAAUGUGGGAAAUCUUUCACUCAUGGCAACAGCCUCUAUUAUCAUCAGAGAAGAGUUCACACCAGGGAAAGGCCAUAUAAAUGCAGUGAAUGUGGGAAGUCAUUUAGCCGAAACUCUACGCUCCUUCAACAUCAGAGAAUCCACACUGGAGAAAGACCUUAUGAGUGCAGUGAAUGUGGGAAAACUUUUAAUCAACGUUCUGCUCUUCAUCAGCAUCAGAGACUUCACACUGGUUCAAGGCCUUAUAAGUGCACUGUCUGUGGGAAAUCCUUUGCCGAUAAUUCCACCUUCAUUAAACACAGGAGAAUUCACACUGGAGAAAGGCCUUAUGAGUGCAGCAAAUGUGGGAAAGCAUUUUCCCAAAGUUCUUCACUCCUUCGACAUCAGAGGGUUCACACUGGGGAAAGGCCUUAUGAAUGUGGAGAGUGUGGAAAAUCAUUUAGCAAGAGGUCCCACCUUAUUAUACACCAGAGAGUUCACACUGGGGAAAGGCCAUAUAAAUGCAAUGAAUGUGGGAAAUCAUUUAGCCAGAACUCUACGCUCCUUCAACAUCAGAGAAUCCACACUGGAGAAAGACCUUAUGAGUGCAGUGAAUGUGGGAAAACUUUUAAUCAACGUUCUGCUCUUCAUCAGCAUCAGAGACUUCACACUGGUUCAAGGCCUUAUAAGUGCACUGAUUGUGGGAAAUCCUUUGCCGAUAAUUCCACCUUCAUUAAACACAGGAGAAUUCACACUGGAGAAAGGCCUUAUGAGUGCAGUAAAUGUGGGAAAGCGUUUUCCCAAAGUUCCUCACUCCUUCGACAUUGGAGAGUUCAUGCUGGAGAAAGGCCUUAUGAAUGUGGAGAUUCACUUCAGUUGCUCAGCCGUGUCCGACUCUUUGCAACCCAUGAACCGCAGCAUGCCAGGCCUCCCUGUCCAUCACCAACUCCUGGAGUUUAUCCAAACUCAUGUCCAUUGAGUCAGUGA